GGUGAAAAAUUAAUUAUUGAAGAAGAUACUGGUAAUAAUACAAAUAGAAUUAUUAAAGGUAAAACUAUUGGUCCAUAUGUACCUCCUUCAAAUAAUCAAGGAUAUUUUGUUAGAAGAAAACAACCAUCUGAUAAUUCAUGUUUAUUUCAUAGUUUAUCCUAUGUAUUAGAACAAAAAGAUAAUACUAAAGUUCAUCAAUUAAGAGAAUUAUGUGCUAAUUAUGUAGCAGAGAAUCCUAAAAGAUUUACAAAAGAAGUAUUAGAAAUGAGACCAAUUGAAUAUGCUAAUUGGAUACUUCAUGAUCAAACAUGGGGAGGUGCCAUUGAAAUUUCCAUUCUAUCUGAACAUUAUAAAGUUAGAAUUGUUGCAUUUGAUACAACUACAUGUAGAGAGGAUGUUUAUGGAAGUGAUCAUGAUGAAUAUAAUGCAAUGGCUUUAAUUAUUUAUACUGGUAAUCAUUAUGAUGCUCUAUCUUUAAAUCAAUUUGGUGAUAGUGGUUCAUCUGAUAAGGAUAUCACUCUAUUUCAUAUUAAGGAUACUGUUAUUAUGAGUAAGGCAAGAGCCUACGUUGAAGAAGAACAUAAAAGA